UUUUGCUUUUGGACAAACAUGCCUCUGACUGUAUUUUUACUUCGGGGCAUUGUGGUCCUCUGGAGCGGCUGGGCUCUAGUGGGCUAUGCAAAAGGAGCCUUGGGAGACAACCAUGUGCACUCCAGUUUUAUUUAUAGAAGACUCCGGAGCCAUGAAAGACGGGAAAUACAGAGGGAAAUUCUCUCUAUCUUGGGCUUGCCUCACAGACCAAGACCUUUUGCACCUGGAAAACAAGCGUCUUCUGCGCCUCUCUUCAUGCUGGACCUGUACAAUGCCAUGGCCAGUGAAGAAAACUCAGAAGGGCCUGAGUACUCGGUGAGGACAUCCCUGGCAGGAGAGGCCAGAGGGGCAAGAAAAGGGUACCCAGCCUCUCCCAAUGGGUCCCGGCACAUCCACUUAGCUCGAACGCCUCCUCUGAGCACCCAGAGUCCUCCUCUAGCCACCCUCCAUGACACCAACUUUCUGAAUGAUGCUGAUAUGGUCAUGAGUUUUGUCAACUUAGUUGAAAGAGACAAGGAUUUUUCUCACCAGCGAAGACAUUAUAAGGAAUUUCGGUUUGAUCUGACUCAAAUUCCACACGGAGAAGCAGUGACAGCAGCUGAAUUCCGGAUCUACAAAGACAAGAGCACUAAUCGACUUGAAAAUGAAACGAUUCAGAUUAGCAUAUAUCAGAUCAUCAAGGAGUACACGCAUAGGGAUGCAGAUCUCUUCCUGUUAGACACAAGAAAAGCCCAAGCUUUAGAUGUGGGUUGGCUUGUCUUUGAUAUCACUGUGACCAGCAAUCACUGGGUGAUUAAUCCACAAAACAACUUGGGCUUACAGCUUUGCGUGGAAACCAGCGAUGGACGCAGUAUCAACGUAAAAUCUGCUGGUCUCGUGGGAAGACAUGGGCCUCAGUCAAAACAACCGUUCAUGGUGGCUUUCUUCAAGGCAAGUGAGGUACUUCUUCGAUCUGUGAGAGCAGCCAACAAACGGAAAAACCAAAACCGCAAUAAAUCCAGCUCUCAUCAAGACUCUUCUAGGAUGUCCAGUGUUGGAGAUUAUAAUACAAGUGAACAAAAACAAGCCUGCAAGAAACACGAACUCUAUGUGAGUUUCCGGGAUCUGGGAUGGCAGGACUGGAUUAUAGCACCGGAAGGAUAUGCUGCGUUUUACUGCGAUGGUGAAUGCUCCUUUCCGCUCAAUGCCCACAUGAAUGCUACCAACCAUGCCAUAGUGCAGACUCUGGUUCACCUGAUGUUUCCUGACCACGUUCCAAAGCCUUGCUGUGCUCCAACCAAAUUAAAUGCCAUCUCUGUUCUGUACUUUGAUGACAGCUCCAAUGUCAUUUUAAAAAAAUACAGGAAUAUGGUUGUGCGCUCAUGUGGCUGCCAUUAAUCCUAAGUGAUUCUGGUAGUGAUGAUCUGUAUGAAAGUUUAUGACAACAAUAA